CUUCUUUCUUCCACGGCCCGCCUGGGAGCUGCCGCUAAGGAUGGGGAGGGUCCCCCCACCGUCCCCUGGGAGCCCCUCCCGCCUCUCAGGCCAGUGGCCACGCCCCCAGCUGCUCUCUCCCGGGCGCCCCUCCCCGACUUCUCAGGUCCCCUCGGGGUGGGGGACGGGUGGCCAGGCUCUCAGCCCAGCCCCAAAUCGUGUCCAAACUGGCCUCGUGGCUAAAGCCCGCUGUGGGGAGCCAUCUUGGAGCUGGCCGAAGCCUCUGGUCUUCCCUUCAGGCCCCAGCCCAGAGGAGCGGGAAGGCCCCGGCCAGGAAGUGUCUGAGGUCCCAUUCGAACCCGAGCCCUGCGGGCCGGCCCAGCGCCUCAGCCUCUGGGAGCCCCUGCUCUCUCCUAGGAGCCUGCCAGCUUCCCCCUGCCCCGCUCCCGGCCAGCUUACUGCCUUCUCUGAGCCCCCACGGGCUGGGUCCCAGCACCGUCCCUCUCCCUGGACAGAUGGGGAAACUGAGGCUGAGACAAAUGACUUUUUCAGGGCCGUUCAGGAAGCAGGAUUUGAACCGGCACCUGCUGGCCUAGAGGCCGGCGAGCCCAGCGGGAGAGGAAGCUCCAUCUGGCCUCUCUGGGGCGCUCGGAGAUCAGGGCAGGGAGGGAGGAGGUGGGGAUGGCCGUUUGCCCCUGAGCCUCCCAUUAGGCCCCAAGUCGGCCGGGCCGAGCGCUGGGUGUCUGGUGCGCUAUCCCUGGUCCCCGCGCCUCGUGGGGGGGGUCGGGACUCCUCCCUCGUCCCUCCUCCCCCUCCCGCCCCCGCUGCUCGGCGCCUUUAAGGGAGCGGGAGGACCGGCCGAGGGGGCGGCGGCGGCAGCGGCAGCGGCGGCGGAGGAGCCGGGAGGGAGGGAGGGAACCCGGGAGCAGCCGGAGGAGCCGGAGCCGGAGGAGCCGGGCCAUGGCUGCGGUCUCGGCCAACGCCGUCCGCGGCAGCCGCCAGGGCGCAGCCCCCCAGGCCCACUGGCACGUGCGGGACACCCUCAGUGAUGCCGUGGAGAGUUCCGACGACGAGUUCUUUGACGCCCGAGAGGAUGCGGCAGACGGCAAGAGCGCCAUCCUGAUGGGCAUGAGCCAGUGGAACUCCAACGACCUCGUGGAGCAGAUGGAGACGAUGGGGAAGCUGGACGAGACUCCAGGAGAUCCGGGGACCUCGUCCUGCAUGUCCAGCGCCCUGCAGGAGAAGCAGCGAGAAUUGUACCGAGUCUCUCUGAGAAGACAGAAGUUUCCCGCCCAGGGCAGCAUCGAGAUCCACGAGGACCCCGAGGGAGGCCCCCAGCAGCGCGCCUGCAGGACGCACGUCCUCCUCCUGGUGCUGCACGGAGGCAACAUCCUGGACACGGGCGGCGGGGACCCGGGCGGCAAGGCGGCCGACGUGCACACCUUCAGCGGCGUGCUGGACCAGGUGACCCGCGCCCACUUCCCCGCGGCCCUGGGCCGCGUCCUCGCCCAGCUCGUGCCCUGCCCGGCCAUCUGCUCGCAGGCCUUCUCGCUCAUUUCCAACCUGAACCCGUACGGCUAUGAUGAGAACUGGCUGAGCAGCAGCGAGGACCGCGUCCCCCUGGCCGCCCUGCCCCUGCUCGCCAUCUCCUCCCCCCAGUAUCAGGACGCCGUCGCCACGGUGAUCACGAGGGCCAACCAGGUCUACAGCGAGUUCCUGGCGUCCCCCGAUGGCGUGGGCUUCAGUGGGCAGGUGUGCCUCAUCGGUGACUGUGUGGGAGGCAUCCUGGGCUUCGACGCCAUCUGCUAUAGCGCCGGCCCCACAGGGGACAGCCUGAGCAGCAGCAGCAGGCAGGGCAGUGUCAGCAGCACCCAGGACAACCCCAUCUUGUCCGAGGAAGACUGCGGCCUGGCCGACGCCCCGCGCCUCAGUCGGAGCAACAUCGACAUCUCGGGGACCCUGGAGGACGAGGAGCCCAAGAUGGCGCCCCCUCGGAAGCAGAGCGACUCGUCCACCUACGACUGUGACGCCAUCAGCCAGCAUCACACCUUCUUGUCCAGCAUUCACUCCGGCGUCCUGAAGGACGGGGCUGCCGCCCCGCAGCUCUCCGAGGCCAACGCGAGCCGCUUCGACUUCAAUGUUUCCGAUUUCUUCCUCUUCGGCUCGCCGCUGGGCUUGGUUCUGGCCAUGAGGAGGACAGUCCUGCCCGGGCUGGACGGCUUCCAGGUACGGCCCGCUUGCAACCAGGUCUAUAGUUUCUUCCAUGCGGCUGACCCCUCGGCCUCCAGGCUGGAGCCCCUGCUGGAGAAGAAUUUCCACUUGCUGCCCCCUGUCAGCGUGCCUCGUUACCAGAGGUUCCCGCUGGGCGAUGGGCACUCUCUGCUCCUAGAGGACGCCCUGCAGGCCCACAGCGCCCUCUUCUUGGAGGGUGGCCCGACGGACAGCCCAUCGUCCCCGGAUGGCCCAGCCUUGGCACUGCUGCCUCCCGAGGGCCCAAGGCUGGGAAGGAGACUCAGCAUGGGCAGCACCGACAGCGAGAGCUCUGGGUCCAGCGAGAGCCUGCCGUCGGCCAGCACGGCCCACAUUGCCACCAAGUGGUGGGGAACCAAGCGGCUAGACUACGAGCUCUACUGUCCCGACGUGCUCACGGCCUUCCCCACCGUGGCCCUCCCCCAUCUCUUCCACGCCAGCUACUGGGAGUCCACGGACGUGGUGGCCUUCAUCCUGAGGCAGGUGAUGGGCUACGACAGCGGCGCCCCGAAGGAGGGUCCCGGGUUCGACCCCUCCGCCCCGAGCCCCGCCAACCCCCCAGAGAAGUGGCUUCGCAAGCGGACGCAGGUCAAGCUGAGGAACGUGACGGCCAAUCACCGGGCCAAUGACGUGAUCGCCGCGGAGGACGGCCCGCAGGUCCUGGUGGGGCGCUUCAUGUACGGGCCCCUGGACAUGGUGGCCCUCACAGGAGAAAAGGUGGACAUCCUGGUCAUGGCGGAGCCGUCCUCCGGCCGCUGGCUCUACCUGGACACGGAGCUCACCAACAGCAGCGGCCGCGUCACGUACAGCGUGCCCAGGCCCAAGCGCCUCGGCGUGGGCGUCUACCCCGUCAAGAUGGUGGUGAGGGGCGACCAGACCACGGCCACCAGCUACCUGACGGUGCUGCCGCGCGGCAUGGAGUGCGUCGUGUUCAGCAUCGACGGCUCCUUCGCCGCCAGCGUCUCCAUCAUGGGCAGCGACCCCAAGGUCAGAGCCGGAGCCGUGGACGUGGUGCGGCACUGGCAGGACCUGGGCUUCCUGAUCCUCUACAUCACGGGCCGGCCCGACCUGCAGAAGCAGCGCGUCGUGUCCUGGCUGGCCCAGCACAACUUCCCGCAAGGCAUGAUCUUCUUCUCCGACGGCCUCGUGCACGACCCGCUGCGCCAGAAGGCCAUCUUCCUGCGCAACCUGGUGCAGGAGUGCUUCAUCAAGGUGAGCGCCGCCUACGGCUCCACGAAGGACAUCUCGGUGUACAGCGCGCUGGGGCUGCCGCCCUCGCAGAUCUUCAUUGUGGGCCGCCCCACCAAGAAGUACCAGCACCAGUGCCAGUUCCUCAGCGAGGGCUACGCGGCCCACCUGGCCCUGCUCGAGUCCAGCCACCGGGCCCGGCCCAAGAAGAACAACUCGCGCGUGAUUCUGCGCAAGGGCAGCUUCGGCCUCCACUCGCAGCCCGAGUUCCUGAGGAAGAGGAACCACCUGCGCAGGACCAUGUCGGUGCAGCAGCCCGACCCGCCGGCGGCUGCCCCGAAGCCUGAGCGGGCCCAGAGCCAGCCCGAGUCAGACAAGGAGCACGAGCGGCCUCUCCCGCAGGCAGGCUGGGCCCGGGGCGGCCCCGCCAAGUUUGAGUCGGCGCCCUGAGGAGGCGGCGGGAGGCCUGCCUGGAGGAGGAGGAAGAGGGGGGUGGCUCAGGGGUUGUUCAGCCUUCUCCCACCACGAGGAGUUUUCUUCUUUGUCCCCCUCCCUGUGUCUGUCCAGAAAUGCCCCCGAGAGGCCUCGGAGCGUGGCCUCGAGGGCAUGAAGGGGGGGGUGGGCGCCAGACCCUUGGGAGGGAGCCCCCCUGGGAGCCUGGGCUCAGGCACCUGUUGGGGGGCUGCAGCGGCGUGGGAAGUGCCCGUCGGGGACGGAGAGGCUCGAGAGGUGCCCGUGCCCCCCCACCCCCACGAGGCCCACCUCGGUCCCCCUCUCUCGGCCCGUGCUGCCCCCCUCCAUGGCACCCUGGCGGCCUCCCAGAGGGGCUCUCGGCCUGCCUCCGGUCUGGACUCCCUCCAGGGGAAACCCCUCCCUCUCCCUGACUGGGGUCCCAGCGGCUUCCUCCGGGGGUUCCACUGACCCAGCCCUCUGUGGAGGAGCCACCCCGACGGCCUGCUCGGUCCAGUUCUUGGUCCAGUUCUUGUCUCACGUCUACCUCUGUGGGCGGGCGGCCGUCCUUCCCUCUGUCUGUCCUUCCGUCAGUCAGUUGACAAACCUCGAUUGAGUGUCCGUGCGGGGGUGGGUUCAAGGGGCCCAGCAGCCUUCUGGGCUCGGGUACGAGGGCCCUCCGGGAGCCAGGCAAGGCGCCCUUCCUCCCCCACUGCCAGGGCUGCCCCUGUCCUGGGGAAGGGCCCUGCCUGGACCUUUGUUCGUGUUCACCGGCACCCAGUGACUUGGGGCACCCCCGGGUGUUGGCAGGCGUGCUGGACCUGCCCCUGCUUCAGGACAGGGAGGCCCUGCCUACCUGGCUGCCCCCCUCCUGGUUCUCGGGGUCCCCCCUAAUUCAGACCCCUCCAUUUCUGAAGGUCUUCACUUUUGGGGGGCCCCGCGGGCACGGGGCAGGCCGGGGAGCCCCUCCGUGAGCGCGUCGUCCCGACGCCGGUCAGGGAGCUCCCGCGGCGGCCACGGCAGGUCCUCGUGCGGCACCGCGCCUCCGUCACAAAUAAAAACCUGUCUUGCCUUUG